GCAACCUUUUCUCUUUCUAUCUCCUUUUUUUUCUUUUUAAUUCUUUUUUAUUGUUUUAAUUAUAUUAAAACCAUGUCGGCCACACCUGGACCUACCAGUCUAGCGACAUCCAUUAUUUCAGCUACGUUAUCUUCGAUUAUAUCCACACCCACCUCCAACAUUAUAUCCAAUGCCAUUAGCGCUACCUCACGUACACCCACCUCCAUGACAUUCUACAGCUCCUCCGCAUCCCCAUCGCCCACCACCACCUCGAAAGGCGGUGGGUUUGGUUUUACAGACGAUACAUUAACGAAAAUGGGAGCAGAUGCAAAAAAUACGUCAGAUAUCACAUCGCAAUUUGUCAUUUGCUUCGUAGCCGGCAUCGUUUGCUUUUUGGCCUUUUGUAUAUUUAGAACAAGAUUCCCAGUUUUAUUCUCACCUCGCUUAAACAUGAAACGACAUAAGCCGCCAGAGUUACCCACCAGUCUUUUCGGCUGGAUCCUCCCAUUAAUAAGAAUCGGUGAUGAAGAAAUGCUAGAAAAUGUCGGUUUGGAUGCGCUUUUGAUGUUAAAAUUCAUCGUUAUGGGUAUCCAGAUCUUCAGUAUAUUAACGCUCCUGGGUAUCAUUGUUUUUGUGCCUAUCACCAUGACAGCUGACUACUCACAUUUGACCAAACUCACCACCGUCAGCCGAAUUUCGAUGGAAGUGAUUGAAGACGGAGACUCGAAACUAAUUGCUUAUUUGAUAUUUGCUUACAUUUUUACGUUUAUCACCUUUGUCUUUUUAAAACGAAGCUAUCAUGAGUACAUUUACUUGCGGGCGAAAUUCCUGUUGAAACAAUCCAAAAUGAUGGUGUCUCGGUCUGUGGUAGUAACAGGUAUUCCGCAACACCUUCGAUCCGACCAAGCUUUAUCCGAAUAUUACGAGAACUUGGGGAUUGGUGCUGUCGAGAGUUGUUACGUGGUACGAGAGGUGCACAGAUUAAACACCCUGAUCAAGAAGCGAGCGAAUGCCCUUAUCUGUCUAGAAGACGCUUAUGCGAGUUACUGGGGAAACCCUUGUCGAUUACCUGGCUAUGAUCCUGAUCGCAUCCUGGACGAUGUCGAAAUGUAUAAAAAAGUCCUGGAUCUGGCCGAAAAGCGACCUGAUAGCAGUUCCGAUGAAGAAGAAGAGUUGCAAGAGCUCGAUGGUGCACAAAGAUCGAAAAAGAAAAAACCCGGAAAUACCACCUUCUUUAAAGGUUUGGUGGAACCCAAGUUCGGAUUGAAAAAGAAGACGUCCAAAAGACCUACCGUGAGGGUCGGUGGUCUCUUUGGCUUAUUUGGUAAAAAAGUAGACGCCAUUGAAUAUUAUACCAAAUUGUUUGAUGAUCUCGAUAAAACCGUUAAUGAUCGAAGAAAAUCACCCAACUUUGAAAUGGCCAAUGUUGGUUUUGUUACAUUUGAACGCAUGAGCAGUGCUGUGGUUGCUUCUCAAAUUGCCAUCAAUCCUGAACCCUUCAACUGCCGUACCAUUAUGGCUUGGGAGCCCAGAGAUAUCUUGUGGGAAAGUAUUGGCAUUCGUGGUCGUGAACGUGUGAUUCGAGAGAUCGUAAUUUGGACUAUCACAGUGGCAUUAUGUCUGGGCUGGGCUUUUCCCGUCACAGCCAUCUCUUCUUUACUCAGUGCACAAUCAUUGGGCAAAAUUGAUCCUUCCAUCACACAGAAAAUCGAGGAUAGUUAUGUCGCAAGUUUGAUUUUCAAUUCCUUUGUACCUACCAUCAUUCUCAAUAUCUUUACUUCUAUCUUACCCUUCAUUUUCGAUGCUCUCGGUUACUAUCAAGGCCUAAGAUCACGUAGUGCUGUUGCAGAAUCCACACUUAGCAAGUAUUAUUUCUUCUUGAUUUUCUUGACCUUGAUUUUAUACUCUGUUAUUGGUGCUACAUUUGAAGUCAUCUGGGUCAGUUUUACACACGACAUUCAGAAUAUCCCUGAAUUUAUUGCCGAUGUACUUCCAACCCUUGCUCCUUUCUUUAUCAAUUAUACCAUGUUACAAACAUUUUUAAUUAUGCCAUUGAAUUUGCUGUUGUUGGGUUCGAUUAUUAUUCGUGGAUUCUAUCACAUGUUUCUCUGCAAAACACCGCGAGAGCAUGCGGAAAAUCGCGCACCUUGGGCUUUUAACUACGGUAUCGGUUAUCCUGCACCCUUAUUGAUUUUUGCUAUUGUUUUUGAAUAUUCGCUUAUUUGUCCCUUGAUCUUGUUAUUUGGUACAGUUUACUUUUGUAUCACCUAUGUAGUCUACAAAUAUCAGUUUUUAUAUGUUUACUUUAGACCAUAUGAAGCAGCCGGAAAAUUAUGGACAAUGGUGAUCCCACGUAUUAUUUUCACAUUGGUUUUGUUCCAAUUGACCAUGAUGGGUAUUUUCCUUUUGGGAAAAAGCUAUGUCCUGGGCGGUCUUUGCGUGCCCUUGAUUGUGAUUACCUUUGUCUUUUACGUCUUGCUUGAAAAGGCCUACAAGGAAAAUGGCGAGAAUUUACCGAUGCAACUUUUACAAGAGGAAAAGGUACCUACACCUGAAGAAGAAGCCAAAGCCAAAGAAAUGAAAAUGAUUGCUCGAAACCGAUGGAAAAAAGCCGCCUUAUCCGCUGUCAAUUUGAAAGCGGAAACUCCAGCUGAAGAUAAAUCCAUCAUCAUUCGACCGCGUCAUCGUAAACUCGUGUUGGAUGAGGAUGAUUAUGAGGCCACACCUGAUCGCUUAACAGAUUAUCGUCAACCGCCCAUGCAACUGAAUCCUGGUAUCUUGGACGCAGGACUUAAAAAAUACGGUAAUCCAUUGCUGGUAGGUGUUUUACCCCAACUUUGGUUACCUGUCAAA